AUGUAUCCACCAAAAGAGCAAGAGUUUGUGUUAAGAACACAGAGGUCAUGCGCGAGGAUGGAGGAAGCGACGGCGGCUCGUGUCAGCCAAACAAUCUCGAAGAAGGGAAAGGAAAAGGCAGUAGAAAUGCCCACAAUGGUUGAAGCUAUUCAACAACCCACUUUGUCAAAGGGUUGGCCACUAUCGACAACAGCAGGACCGGUAUGGGAUCAACAGGGGAUGUAUGAUCGACAAUGGCGAGUGUCCGGUCAAAGUAUAAUCUCUACAACGAGCACCGUUCCCUCAAACCGAGACAGCUGGGAUAGUCGACCGCACUACUCGAUUAUCAACAAUGGAAGCAUCACGAGCCUGGGAUCGAUGCGAGCACAAAGCCCGCCUGCUGGUCCUCGUACGUCUUUGUUGGCACAGUUGCAGAAACCCGCUCAGGUAUCACGACCUAAACCUCCAGGGCGGAAAUCGAAGCCCGGAGAGUUGUUUGCUGCUCUGCCCGGUGAGGUUAUCGAGCUUAUUUUAGAGGAGUUGCGGAAACUCCACUUCAAGCCUGGGACUAACAGCUGUGCAACCUGUUGGAUGAGGGACUGCUGCAACAUUGCUAUAAGCGCCAGGAAGUUUCUGAAAUACGCCCGAGAAGCAUUGUAUGGGCACAUCCAACUUGUCGGAGCAGACGGACAUCAUAUGAAGAAGCGAACGAAGUUGACUUACGGGUCAAGACUGGUUCUUUUGCGCAGAACGCUACGAGGAAACUUGAGGAUAGCAGCGAUAGUGCGGUCAUUGAAACCCCCGGCUUUGCCAUCAGCAGCAUCUUCAGUGGAAGAAUAUAAUGAUCUAGUAGCAUCGGUCAUUCUGGCAUGUCCCAACUUUGAGCGGCUGGUUGGAUACUACCCGACAUACGAUCAUACCUUUCAGCGCAUUUUCCAAGCUCUUUCGACACGUCAGAAGUUGAAAGAGAUGGAUUGGAUUCUGGAACGCUCGCCAUUGCAACGACAAAAGUCAACAGCCGCUAUCCGCCCAUUGACUGCUAAUGGGAGCAAAUACAAUCUCGCAAACGGCAGUAAACACAAUCUCGCCAACCUCAACAACAGCAGACACAAUCUCCACGAGCUGGAACAUCUGUCACUUACUCAAUGCCGAAUGUUUAUCGACUUUCACCUUGGCUGGCAACAGCUCACCACGCUUGUGGUACAUUGUCAUCCCGGAGCAACGCUGGCCCCUGACGGCAUUCUAGAUCAGACCUUCCGUAAUCUCCCAUCUCUGCAGAAUCUCAACGUCUCCCACCUUCCACGCAGCUCGUUUACCGAUGCGAACCUUCUUCAUCUUCCUCCCCGUCUCAAGAAACUUACCCUGGCUCAUCUCCCUGGCAUCACCACUGCUGGACUUACCACGUACGCCAGCCGAUCUGCUGCCACAUCGCUUACUACAUUGACACUCAUCCACAUGAACCUCGAAACGCUCCCCUCUUUGGCACGGAUCUUGUCUAACCUCGUCAACCUGGAUACCUUCAACCUCGUCCAACACCACGCCCCAGUCAUGCCUAGCGAUGAGAUGAUUUGGCUGUUUCCGUACAUUACCUCGAACUCUUUGCGCAAGCUUCACUGGGAUAUACCCACACGUACCACGACCACGCCUGCGGACGACAUCUUGGCGAAGAGCAUUCUUGCCGGCGGUUUUCCCCGAUUAACCGCCAUUCGCUGUCCGAAUGAUCCCGAAGGAGUUUUCCAGGCUCUUUGUAAACCCAAAGAGCGCGCCGACCACCCGACCGAUCGUUAUCGUGGAGGCAAGAUGCACUUUACGCCCACCAACACCAGCGGGAUGAUCCAUCACGCGCGCAGCCCCUCUGGAUUUGACUCGAUCGCGAGCAGCACGGGAAGUAUGACGAAUGGUUCCAUCGGCGACGACAGGGACACCAUCUCCACGCCAUCGACACCUACCGAUACUUCUUUUCCUCUGCCAACCUCCAGCGGCGGCGGCGGUCCGCCAUUGAAGUCUCUUCCCAUCUUCGCGCCCAAACCCGGUUCUCUAGCAGAUCCCUUCCUCCUUUCGCACCGCGCGCAAUCAGACCUGCACCUCGCCCGGCUAGCCGCCCAAGCCCGCAUCGAAGCAGCACGCAAGUUUCCCCGUUUCUUUAUCAUCGUCACCGACCCCAACGGCGAAGUUGUGGACAGAUAUGGCGUUGGAGCAUUCAUUGGACGGACGGACAGCAAGAUCACGUAUCUUCUGACAGCCGACGAAGGGAGCGGCGCAACAGACGAAGGAGGUGGGCUGGUUACCGUGGAUAGAAUGCUGGGAGACUGUGGAGAGGCGUUGGUGUUGCCUCCCAAGUCAUCAAAGGCUGUGUCGGAGAAGGUUGAGAAACAUGAGCAUAGGCACUCAAAAUCCUCGGAAGACAAAAAGGAGCAUCGAAGGAGCAGGAGCACUUCAAGGACUGGGAUGAGGGAGUGGUGGGGUGCGAGGAGCAAGAGUAAAAGUAGAGCUGCCGCGGCGGCGGAAAAAGCGGCGGAAAAGGCAGCGAAUAAGGUGGAAGACGUAAUGGUGAAGACGGGUACGGAGGAGCAAAGUAGGACAAGGGAAGGGUGUAUUGGACGGUGGAAUACGUACAGUGGGUCGGUGGUUGAUAAGAAGGAUCGGGAGAGAUGGUGGCAUACGGAGAGGGGACGGUGGAGGCCAGUUGUGCUUUCAUGAUUAUGGAAAGAGGAAUGACGGAUGAGUGAUGAAUCAGCAAGCGAGCAGCACUGAAUAGGUGUUGUCUGGGUUGUGGUGAUAUAUGGAUGAGAUGAUUUGCAACGGUGGUUGAUGUUAUAAUCUAGUGUGUAUGUAUGAAACAUUACUGACGACGAAAUAAUUAUUGUAGGUGGCAUGAAAAUGUUUACAUAACGCCAAGAUAUAGAUUGCCAUUAUGA